AUGGUUGACGACAGCGAGGCCAGCGCAGGCGAGGGAAAGCGGAUGCUCUCCGGCCUUGCUCACGACUACGAACUCGUCUGGGAUCUUGUACAUACGCCGGCGGUUGGUCUGGCAUUUGAGUUGCCCCUGGAUAUUUCUUAUAGAGCUGAGUCUGGAUAUCAUAGGGUAUUGGGUAUUGGAUAUUUGGCAUUUGAUGGCCCAGCGGAGGUUGUUGUGGAUGCUACCCGCGAUAUAUAA